UUUGUCAAAAAUAAAACCCAAAAAAACAGACUUUACCGGGUCGAAUUCUUCUUUCUCUUGUCUCCUGGAAAAACCUUAAACCUGACCUUCACUCUCACCCUCUGCGAACACCCAAACACUGAUGUUGCGAGCUCUAUCAAGCACAAGAAACAAUGAGCUUCCAAGAAGAUAUUAUUCAAGAAUUAGUAUACCCCCACGUAAUUGCACCCCCAAAUCACACACAGUAGUGCGUGUUUCCCCCAAAACCAACAUCGCCCAUCUAGGCCCACCUCCCAAGAAUGAGUAUAAGCCUCGACAGCUCUUGUCUCUCCCUCCUUUUCCUUGUAAUCAUCAGCUGCCCAGCUUGCUCUCGUCUCGUGUCACUGCGAUUAUGUGGAUGAAGUUUUAUUUUCAAGAUAUCGAAGCUCCUGUUAUUCAAUCCCACUUCAACAAGGGGCUAGUGCAUAUAGAUGAUGAUAAUCGUUCAGAUGAGAUAUCUCUAUAUAGCCAGGGAAAAACGGAUCACCUGAGAAAGAUUAAGCACAGCGAGGUCAUGAAGACAGGGGCAAGGAUUUAUGUACCUGUUUCUGUAGCGGAAACAAGAAUCUCGAACAGAUUUAACUCUAUACCAACGGGAACAUUGUAUCCUAAUGCUGAUGAGAUUGAGUAUCUGCAAAGGCUUGUCAAAUACAAGGACUCUGCCAUAAUUGUGCUAAACAAACCUCCCAAAUUGCCGGUGAAGGGAAACCUACCUGUUCAUAACAGCAUGGAUGCACUGGCUGCUGCAGCAUUAUCUUACGACUAUGAUGAAGGUCCUAAAUUGGUUCAUCGUCUUGAUAGAGAGAGCAGUGGAAUUCAUUUAAUGGGCAGAACAAAAGAAAGUAUAGCUCAUCUACAGUGGUUGUUCAGCAGCAUACCGAAGGGAAAGUCCUCGGAUAAGGCUUGGAAUGAUGCUUGUCAUGCAACAUAUCAGAAAUACUGGGCAUUGGUCAUUGGUUCUCCCAAGGAAAAAGAAGGGUUGAUACGUGCUCCCCUGACGAAGGUACUUCUUAAUGAUGGAAAAACAGAGAGAGUUAUAUUGGCUCAUGGCUCAGGUUUAGAAGCCUCACAAGAGGCAGUAACAGAAUAUCGAGUUCUGGGCCCUAUGAUUAAUGGAUGCUCAUGGAUUGAGUUGCUCCCACUUACUAGCAGAAAAGAUCAGAUCCGUGUACAUUGUGCUGAGGCCCUUGGAACACCAAUUGUUGGUGACUAUAAAUACGGAUGGUUUACCCACCGUAGAUGGAAGCAAAUGCCUAGAGUUGAUUUUGAGCCAACAAGUGGUAAACCCUACAAGAUGCGGAGGCCAGAUGGAUUGGAUGUUCAAAAAGGAAGUGUAUUAUCUAAGGUACCGUUGCUACACAUGCAUUGCAGGGAGCUUGUACUUCCCAAUAUUGCCAAGUUUAUCCAGCUCCACAAAAAUUCAUCAGAAAAAAAGCAUAAGCCUCGGGACAGUAACUCUAAGCCUGAUCUGCUUAGAUUUGUCGUAUCGAUGCCGUCACACAUGAAGAUUAGUUGGAAUCUUAUGUCUUCUUAUCUGGUCUAGUAACACUGAAAAUUAUACAUCAGAAGGCUAACAUCUAAACUGAGGCAGUUAGCAGACCAGAAUUAUGCCAUGAAUGACGAUGGUUGGUACCUGGAAGUUAUGUUCAUAUUUUGUAGAAUACUUGUGUUUAUUUAUUAACACAGUCAUCAUGUUUUUCAGCUCGUCUUUGGAAGUUAUAAUUAAAUGUACAUAUUGGUACAAAAUUAUUUUAAUGAUGAACUAUAAAUAAUUUACUGCCAA